AUGUUGGACGAAUCGCCCCAGAUGCCCCUGAGCCUCUGGCUGCGGAGCGUUGGUCUGGAAAACCCUUUUGAUGAGCAAUCAAGCAAUGGGUCUGAACACAGCGGUUCCCGUCAUUCUAGCAGUCGGGGAGGCAACAGCAGAGCUGGAAGUCGUGCUGGUGAAAAUGGCUCCACUGGAGGUUCAGAUGGUGGCAGUACUCGUCGAAGCAGAUUAGGUGGAGGUGACGAGAUAGAUCACUACCUGAAUGACGUCCUGGUCCCUCCUGAAGAUGACGAGGAACGAAAAGAGACUGUCUAUACAGGAUCUACAGUUCUUGCCUUGACCCUGGCUGGCACUUGCGUGGUAGAGGCACCUUAUGCUUUCCAGAAGUGUGGGAUCUUCUGGGGGACACUGCUCUUUGGGAUACUGGCGUUCUCCACAGAACGUGCUUUUCACAUGCUUUGUAUCUGUGCUCGCAAGACAGGCAGCAAUUCCUACGGAACUGUAGCAAGAUCUUCCUGUGGGGGUUUUCGAGCUCAUUGGAUGACAAGCGCAUUGGAAAUAGGAGUUCUCUUGUUUCUGAUGGUUCACUUUUUUUCUUCUUUCAACCGUGUUAUCAAGCUCUGGCUGAACAGCUUUCAAAGCCUGAUCGUUCUACCAGAACAGUGGGGAUUGCCAGCAUUUCUCGUCUUGAUGGCUCCUCUUCUCAUUCCUAAGAAGCUGCAUACCUUGCCAUAUGCAUGGACAAUCGGACUCCUGAACGUUGCUGUGUUUACUCUGGCUGUCGGUGUCUUGGCCGUCUUCAACUUUUAUCGAAAUGGGGACCAGCAAGCACAAGCACAGAACCAGGAGUCAAACGAUCACGAGGAUGGCGGGAGGACCGUAUGGGAUAUUGUUGAAGGCUUUCAGUCUCUUUUGAUAACAUUCUUUGCAUCGUUCAAUGUUCUACGAAUCCAAGCGUCUCUCUUUGAUCCAACACGUGAAAGGAUGGCCACGGUUGUCCAUCAAGGCGUUACUUGGGGUGCCUCGGCCACGUACAUUGUUGGCAUUGUUGGGCACUUGUGUGCUCUGGCCCAUUCACCACGGCAGGAUGCUGACUUUCUGGAGUCCAUUGAAUAUCUACCAAACACAGGAGACGAUUCUCUCCUCUUCGUCUACCGGGUGUGCCAUACUUGCGGUGCUCUUGCUUUCAUGUUCACCUUCCCCCUGGUGCUUACCCCAUGUCGAUACAGCAUUCUGGAACUUUUUGAAUCAUGCUAUACAGAACGGCAAUGUCUAGAGGUCAGCGAUUGUCAGGAAGACUGUGAAACUUGUACGACUAGGGCUUCAACAGCUGCAACUGGUAAUCAACACGACGCUUUUGUGCUGAUCCGCAAUGGAACCGUGGUGAACUCCGAAGCGACAAACCUACUGCCAAGCAUCGAAGAGAAUCCUACCUACGAUUUAUUGGCAAGCCCUUUGGCCCUGGGACUCUGCACAGUGGGGAUUAUGAUUUGGGCUUACCUCGGUGCAGUCGUCGUCCCCUUCAUCGAUGCCUUCUAUACUUGGGUUGGCCCUUUCAUGGUUUACAUCUUUGCCUUUGUCCUACCUGCUCUAUACUUUUUGGGGCUCAAACGACCACGACAAGGCAUUUCUGUGGAAAAGAAGAACUUCAGACUUUAUGCAAGGAUGCUGAUAUUUCUGUGCAUUACUGGCGUUGUCUUUGCCAUUGUUGACAUUGUGAAAAACCUCCCUACAGCUUGA